GAUGAUGAUGCUGGUCAACUGCUCGGGCUGCCGCACGCCGCUGCAGCUGCCGCAGGGCGCGCCCUGCAUCCGCUGCGCCAUCUGCGGCGCCGUCACCCACGUCGCCGCGGCCCCCGCGCCCGGCCCCGGCCCGGGCCCCCUCGCCCACGCCUCCCCCGCCCGCGGCCCGCCUCCCCCGCCCGCGCACGGCCGGAAGCGCGCCGUCAUCAUCGGGAUCUCCUACCGCUUCUCGCGACACGAGCUCAAGGGAUGCAUCAACGACGCCAAGUGCAUGCGCCACCUCCUCACCACCCGCUUCAGCUUCCCCGACGACUCCAUCAUCAUGCUCACCGAAGAACAAACCGAUCCUUUCAAAAUUCCAACAAAGCAUAACAUAAGGAUGGCCAUGUAUUGGCUUCUACAAGGUAGUCAACCGGGAGACUCACUGGUGUUUCAUUAUUCUGGCCACGGGGCACAGCAAAGAAGCUACAGUGGAGAUGAAGCUGAUGGGAUGGAUGAAACCUUCUGCCCGUUGGAUUUUGAGACGCAAGGAAUGAUUGUGGAUGAUGAGAUCAAUACCGCGCUUGUUAGACCACUACCUCAUGGAGCUAAACUUCAUGCACUCAUAGAUGCUUGCCACAGUGGGACUGCGCUUGAUUUGCCGUUCCUCUGCAGAAUGAGCAGGACUGGGCAGUAUGUAUGGGAAGAUCACAGGCCACGAUCUGGCGUCUGGAAAGGAACUAGUGGCGGGGAAGCUAUUUCCUUUAGUGGUUGUGAUGAUCAUCAGACAUCAGCAGAUACAUCAGCCUUGUCAAAGAUCACUUCGACUGGUGCAAUGACAUUUUGCUUCAUCCAAGCUAUUGAACGCGGUGAGGCCGCCACCUAUGGGAGUAUACUGAACUCCAUGCGUACGACAAUACGGAACACAGGAGGUGGUGCUUCAAUUGCUGGAGGUGGUGCGGUUACAUCGCUCAUUUCGAUGCUUCUCACAGGGGGGAGCGGAGGUACUGGUGGACUCAAACAGGAGCCACAGCUAACUGCAGGCGAUAUGUUUGAUGUGUAUGCGAAGCCAUUUUCGCUAUGAUACGAUUGUGGUAUUCUCUAUUGCGUUCUAUGAUUAUUCUAUCAUGAGUCCCGGUUUAAACUAUCAUGUACAGUUCACAGUUGAAAUGGCUCCUCCAUAUAUAGAGCUAACUUAAUUUAGUGUGUAUCUUUUGAUGCUCGUAUUCAGAUCAGUAUUAUCGGCCCUCCCUGGGAUUGUUCCCAAUAUGAGUAAUUGUCAUUUCUUUCAUCUAGACCACAAUAUAGUGCAUGGAUUGAAAAGAUUUCAGGCUAAUUGGAAGUUUGUUCUUA